UUGUCUGCAUUCAUUCGAUGAAAUGUUAUUGAUCAGAAAACAGAGUGUCAUUCGCACUAUCAGGCUAUGAAGCUGAUUAUUUGUGUCAUAUAUUGCUCCUGUCAAUUGCGUCGGGUCUUGUUCAUAAAAUGUUUUUGGGGAAUUUAAGAGACGGGGGUUAGUGCUUAAUCUGCCCGGGGCAGGAGGUUACAUUCAAGCCUCUCUGGCAGUGGAAUGUUUAUGAGGCAAUAUUAUUUAUUGGUUUGUUUCAAUAUACAAUUACAACUACGUUGUUCGGGCAGUUGAUUGGACCCUCCCUCCUCCUCCUCAUACGAAACGGGUCGACGUUGGAAUCUUUUAAUCUUGGAGAAUUCACAGCAUCUGGGGCUGCAACGAUUAAUCAGCGAUUGGGUUUAGAACCCAGAAGGUGCCAGUCAGAAUAAGGGAAAUGUCUGAAAGGAUUGAGCAACUGAAGAAAAGAGAAUCCAAGUAUGUCCAGACACAGCCAUUGUACCAGAACUAUUGGUUCCAGUCCAUGCAUGGAGACCCAACAAGGCCUGGAAAAACCUCUUCGGUGGUGGAUAUGACACUGUCCCUUGCUGGAGUUGUCGUGUCUUCUGUAAUGAACUCUUCUUCCUCUCAGUUUUCUCCCAAAGACUCCAGCUUCAUCUCUUGGCACACGAUCCCUGAAGUGAAGGAGAGUGGCCUUUUGGAUCUAAUUAGCAUCCGGGAGUAUAAACUGCAGGAGGCAAUGUUCGAAGUUAUUACAUCGGAGGCAUCUUACUUGCGGAGUUUGACGAUAGCUGUCAGUCAUUUCAGUAAGUGUCCAGAGAUGUUGGACAUGCUAACGCUCACAGAGAGGCACACACUGUUCUCCAACUUGCAGGAAGUGAAGGACACAAGUGAAAGGUUUCUGUUGGACCUGGAGGAACGUCUGGGCGAGAAUCUCUUGCUCACUGACAUCAGUGACAUUGUUCUGUGGCACUGUGCUGAUUUUCGCAGAGUCUAUAUCCCAUAUGUCACCAAUCAGAUGUACCAGGAGAAGAUGAUUCAGCAGCUUGUGCUCAGUGAAGAAUUUGUGCAGGUCCUAAAGAAACUGGAGGCACAUCCAAUCUGCCAGCAGCAGCUGCUAAAAUCCUUCCUAAUCCUACCAUUCCAACGCAUCACUCGGCUGAAGAUCAUGCUUGAGAAUAUCCUGAUGCUAAAUCCACCAGAGAGUCCGGUGGCAGAUUCUGUUCGGAAAGCUGUGGAAGCAAUCGGGGAGAUCAUCCAUGAAUGUAAUGAAAAUGUAAAGAGGAUGAGACAGAUUGAGGAGCUCGUCUCCCUGGAGAAGCAAAUGGAAUUUUCCAGGACCAAGUCUUUUCCUCUUAUCUCUCAAACACGCUUCCUGGUCAAAGAAGGUGAACUGGAUGAGAUUUCUGGGUUUGAGUCCGGACACACAACUGGAAGUCCAACCAGACCUGUAUAUCUUCAUCUAUUUAAUGAUCUCCUGUUGCUGUCCAGGAAAGAUAAUGGUAGGUUUUCUGUACUGGACUAUGCUAGGAUCUGGAAGGUGAGGGCUCAUUGCUUUGAGGCAAAGUCACUGGUUUUUGCUCUCUGCCUUGUUGAGAAUCACAAAGGAACCAACAGGAAUUUUAUCGUUGGAGCAGGAAAUGAGAAAUGCAGAGCAGUGGACUGCCAUUACCUGAAAAGGAUGAAGCAGAGUGUUGAGCUGUCAGUCCCUCUGUUGACCAUUCAAUUAUGGUGUUUACUGAUGAAUCUUCUCACUGGUGAGACCUGGUGACUUUAGCAGCUCUUUACUUGUUAUCUCAUUCUAUUGACAACCUGUGAAAUCAUGGUGGCUUGAGUUUUUUGCAAGAUUGAAAUUACCUCUAGCAAUGGUCACCUCAACUGUUCCAAUGGGCUGACGGCAUCAUUGAUUUGUGCUGAGUUGCUGCUUUAGUCUCCCAAAGGUGAACAAGCAAGAUUCUACUUAAAAUUGUACAUCAACUUGGAAUUUGAAAAGAACAGAUCUGAAAAGUUCAUUGAAAACUAAGGACUGAUUAAAUGACCUCUUGAAGUUCUUGCAUUUAAAAACUAAUGUAGAGGAAUCAAUGUAAACUUCUUUUAAAUAACAAUGUGAAGGAGUCUGUGCAUACUUGAUUUUGGGAUGAUCCACAAUUAAAGAUGUGGAGGUGUCGUCCUGUGACUAACAGACCAAGAAGUCAAUUUGUAGCCAUUGGUGUUUAACUCCUUCAUUCUUAGACAAUAUGAAUUCUUAAUGUUUGGGCAAUCGCAAUGAAUGAGAUGGUCUGUGUUGCUCCAAUACAAAGCGCCUCCUAUUUUCUCACUAGCACCUUUUACAGGGCAAGGGAUGACCUGUUUUAUGUUGAAUUAGUUGGAGCCUGUUCUUAUGGAACAUACAUGGGGCCUUGUUUUAGAGGGUGUAAAAUUUGUCAUUGACUGCAGUAAUGAUGCAUUUUGUUCCUGUUUGCAGAGAACUAAUAAAGAUUUUAUGUUU